UCUUCUGUUUCUCUUCAUCAAUUCAUUAAUUUGUUUCAUAUCCUAAAUAUAGAUAAACAGCUACUAUAUAAUAUGGCUUUCAAGAUUACCUUGAAAGCUAUUAUACCAAGUUGUUUCAAUGUUAAGAUUGAUGUACUUCCUUUUGAGGACAAGAAUAAUAUUGUUCGAGUUUCUAAAAAUAGUAAUAAUUGUGGUCAUUCAAGGCUAGCUCUUUCAGAUAUAAGUGAUCCUGAAUCAUCACUUUCUAUAAGUGAUCUCUCAUCAAAUGCUAUCAUUGGAUCCAACCUUCAUAUUUUCACACAUUCUGAACUCAAAGUUAUGACAAGUAACUUUUCGUCCUCUAAUUUUCUUGGAGAAGGUGGGUUUGGUCCUGUGCAUAAGGGGUUCAUUGAUGAUAAAAUAAAGCCUGGUUUAAAAGCUCAACCUGUUGCUGUUAAACUUCUGGAUUUGGAAGGUUCUCAGGGCCACUUAGAAUGGCUGACUGAAGUAGUGUUACUUGGGCAAUUGAGGCAUCCUAAUCUAGUGAAAUUGAUUGGAUAUUGCUGGGAGGAUGAGCAAAGGCUUCUUGUUUACGAGUACAUGGCAAGGGGAAAUCUGGAGAACCAAUUAUUUAGAAGAUGUUCGAGUAGCUUGCCAUGGCUGACCAGAAUGAAGAUUGCAGUAGACGCAGCAAAGGGGCUAGCUUUCUUGCAUGGGGAGGAAAAGCCAGUAAUCUACAGAGAUUUUAAGGCUUCUAACAUCCUCUUAGACUCGGAUUAUACGGCUAAACUUUCUGACUUUGGACUAGCAAAGGAUGGUCCAGAAGGCAGUGAUACACAUGUCACAACUCGUGUUAUGGGCACUUAUGGCUAUGCUGCUCCUGAGUAUAUGAUGACAGGUUAUUUGACAACUAAGAGCGAUGUGUACAGCUUCGGAGUCGUCUUAUUAGAAUUACUAACAGGACGACAAGCCAUUGACAAGAAACGUCCUAGUAGAGAGCAAAACUUGGUAGAAUGGGCAAAGCCAUUCCUCAAGGAUUCACACAAGCAUGACAGAAUAAUGGACUCUAGACUUGAAGGUCAGUACUCAACUCAAGGAGCCAAAAAAGUGGCUGCAUUGGCUUAUCAGUGCUUAAGUCAAAAGCCUAAGUCUAGACCUACUAUGACCAAUGUGGUCAAGAUCUUGGAACCUGUAUUGGACUUAAAAGAUAUACCAAUUGGUCCAUUUGUAUAUGUGGUUCCUUCUUUUGACUGUAAAAGUAGUGGAUUGAAUAAUGGUUGUUUGGAGAAAAAGAGGGGUGAAGAAAAAGAGGAAGAAAAUAAGGUGAAAAUAAGUGAUCAAAAUGACAAAGAAAUUAGUGCAGGAGAAAAGAGAGAAAAUGGUUGCAGGCAGCGCAGACUUGGCCACAUGAAGCAAAAGAAUCAACUAAAGUCUGCUACUGUUCACUCAGAUACUUAUCUGUUAGGACUUUAAGGCACGAAUUCAGAUAGUCAAUGUAGGAAAAAAAAAAAAAAAAAA